AUGGAUGCAAGAAAGUAAAAUGAAAUUUUAGCUGAAGCAGAAAAGACUUGCAAUGAGCGUUUUCCAUAAAUAUAAUAUUGUCUAUCAUUUGAUAUGGAUCCAAAAUAUGAAAAACCUUGUAUUAAAUUAAGCGAACAAUAUGAAAAAUGCUUUGAAGAAGUACAAAAAGAAUUAAAAGAAAAAAGAAAUUUCUAUCGUAUAAAUUGA